AUGUCCGUUUUCGAUGGUGAAAUUGAAUUCCAGUCCGUCUACAUGGCGGAUUUUGCUAAGAAAAACAAACCUAAAAGCCCUCGUCGCAAAGCUGUAGACGACAAUUGUCUAAUAGUGGGACUCAGCCGCGAUUCGCUGAAGGCUCGUGAACAGCCAAGGAAAUGUCCAGAUGUGCUCUGUCCCAUAGAUUUUGAAUAUUACAAAAAAGCUGUUGAGAGGUUCGGUGAAGACCACCCGACUGUUACGAAGAUGUAUAUGACCAAAGAUGUCGAUCCAACGCCGAUCGAUCACGAGAUUCAAGACCUAAAGAGAACGGAGUAUCUCACGAAAUACUGUUCUAGAGAACUACCGUUCAUGUCAGUUAACCUGGCGCGUCGUGCUCGUGCCUUACAGACACUCCGUCUACCAGACGACAUCUACAUCCCCGAUACCAGCCAAAAAGGAUCCUACAGACCGCCCAAGCCAGAAAAAUACGCAGAACCACCUUCCGCUAUGUCUAUGAAACCUAAGUUUGAUCCAUCUUUGACCAAGGAACUCCGUCGCAUUCUGCGCGUACGCACAGGUGAUACAAGUUACGGCGUCUGUCACGAUCUACUAGCUAAAGUUGUGCUCGAAAAGAACCCAUUUGGAACACCGCGUGAGGAACCAAAGUACGGCAGAUGGAAGAACCGAUAUUUUUAUACUUAUAGAAUUUAG